AUGGUGCGCAAAAGCAAGGACACUGCGUCCGUGGAAGGGCAUCCAGGAAGCCGCCACAUAGCCGUCAGCGCGCAGCAAUCGCGAUACGCACUCGAUGCCGUCGACGCGCCCGCAUCGAACGAGAUCCUGAUCAGAGACCUCUCCAUCGCCGUCGCGAACAAGGAACUGCUAUCCCGCACCACGCUGCACUUGGUCGAGGCACGGCACUACCUCCUCGCGGGCCGCAACGGCACGGGAAAAUCCACGCUGCUCAAAGCCAUAGCCGACGGCCUCGUGCCCGGGAUCCCGCCGAGCACGCAGAUUCUGUUGCUUGGGCAGACGCGCGAGGGUGCCGACGCCGCCGAACCGGAUCGGAAGAGGGAGGAAGAAACAGUGCUGCAGCAUGUCGUCCGCAGCGACCGCGUGCGCGAGCGGUGCACGCGCGAAGCCGACAUGCUCGCCGACGCGAUUGAGAAUGCCCGGGAUGCCAUGGCGCCGGUGCGCGCGUACCGGCGCAUCCAGAGCGAGCGCCUCGCGUGCAGACUGAGAGAGGCGCACCGCGUUGCCGAGCGACGCAGCGGUGCGCGCGGGAAGCUGGCGCGGAAAGAACUGAUCCGGCUCGAGGAGCGGUGCGAGGAGGCGAAGAGCAAGGUCGACGAGGAGGAGGGCGAGGUCGAUGCGAAGCAAGUGAGCGAGGAUACACAGGCGGCUGCGGACAUGUUGUCUGGCGUACAGGCGAGUCUCGAGCUCAUGGAUGCUGGAGCCGCGGAGGCGCGGGCGCGGAAGGUGCUGCUCGGCUUGGGUUUCAAGCAGGACCGCAUCGACCAGCCCAGGUCGCAGCUGAGUGGAGGGUGGCAGACGAGGUGCGAUCUUGCAUGCGCGCUGACGCAGCACGCCGAUGUGCUGCUGCUGGACGAGCCGACGAACUUCCUAGACUUGGCUUCGAUUAUCUGGCUGCAGGACUGUAUCAACAGCAUGACGAAGACGACGAUGCUCAUAACCACACACGACCGCGAUUUCGGCGACGCCGUGGCGGAGGAGCUGAUCCUGCUACGCAAUCAGGUGCUCGAGACGUUCCGCGGCAACCUAAGCCUCUACGAGAAAGAAAAGCACAGGAAGAUACAGUACCUGACCAAGAUGAAGGAUGCCAAAGACAAGCAGAAGAAGCACGUGGAGAAGUCCAUCGCCGGGAGCAUCAAAGCGGCAAAGGACAAGGGCGACGACAAGAAGCUGAAGCAGGCUGCGUCGAGGCAGAAGAAGCUCGACGAGCGAUGGGGUGUUGAGGUUGGGCUCAAGGGUGGGCGGUUCAAACUGAACCGCGAUCUUGGCGGGUACCACACAACGGCCAGAGCUGAGAUCGAGAUACCGGACUUUGACCCGCCUGUCAAGCUGUCAUUUCCUCGGCAGCCGCCUGAGCUCAGGUUCCCAGGGGCGCUGGUGAGCAUGGAGAAGGUCGUGUUUGCGUACCCCGGCAGGGAAAAGGCUCCCACGCUGACGGACGUGUCGUUGACGAUACACGCCGGCACACGGACGGGUCUGGCUGGGCUGAACGGGUCGGGCAAGACGACACUCGUCUCGCUGAUUGCAGGCAGUCUGGUACCGACGUCUGGGACGAUAGCGAGACAUGCACGAGUUAAGAUUGGCCGCUUCUCGCAGCACUCGGUCGAGGAGAUGACGGCAAUGGCGUCGUCGGAUGCAAAGCUGACGGCGCUGCGGCACGUGAUGCAGGCUGAGGGGCGUGGGAUGCAGGCUGAGGGGGGGGGGAUGCAGGCUGAGGGGGGUGGGAUGGAGGCUGAGGGGGGUGGGAUGGAGGAGAAGGAGGCGCGGCAGAUGCUAGGCAGCCUAGGACUGCACGGGCAGACGGUGUCUGAGGUGCCGUUGGUGCUGCUCUCGGGCGGGCAAAAGGUCAGAGUGGCGCUCGCGAAGCUGCUGUGGCCGCCGCCGCAGCUGCUCAUACUGGACGAGGUGACGACGCAUCUCGAUGCGGACACGAUUGUGAGCCUCGUGCUCGCGCUGAAAGACUACGACGGGGCGCUGGUGGUGGUCACUCACGACCGGUUCUUCAUGAGAACGGUUGUUGAGGGAGCGUCGCCACACAAGCUAGCGCCCAGGGCUGGCGGCGAAGACGAGGCUGGCGAAAGCGAAUCGUCAGGGGAUGAGGCAGGGGCGGCGGUGGGGGCCGCGGGGACGGUGUACCGCGUCACAAAAGGGCAGGUGAAGAGGCUGGAGGGCGGGAUGGAGCAGUACGCUGAGCUGGCAGGGCGGACGGCAGCGAAGCUGGGCAGGACGAGCGGUGGAUAG